AUGGAUAGUCACCUGAUGGGGGUUAAACUGCUGCUUUCCUACCCUCCGCCUCUUCUCUUCCUGCCCGUCCUCUACCUCCUCUACCUCCUCUUCAUCCUCUCCAUCCUCUCAUCCUCUCCAUCCUCUCCACCCUCUCCAUCCUCCAUCUUCUCCGUCCAGGAUCUUCUCUUUCGAUAUCAGUCUACCGCAUAUCUCUACCGUCCUCAUCAUACCGAAGCCUUCACAUCUUACCAUUCUCCCGCCAUGUCGUCAACGGGUCCUGCAAGAUCAAACCCAAGCAAUGCGGUCGACGUUGACAUCCCCGUACCUUCAAUUGAAAUCCCGUCCCCAACCGAGCCUCCUGCGACAAUGACAGAAUUAGCCAAGAAGGAUGCAGAACAGACCUUGAAAGCAAUCGAGAAUGCGACUGAAGCCUUGUUUCCUCUGAUUGACAUUCUGGCUCAAGUCUGUCAUGAUCUAGGAAGUCUGGCUCCGCAAUUGACAGAGUUAGGACGGGCCUUGCGAAGGAAUGCGGAUCAUAUCACGAGGAGGGACACUCAAAUGGUCGACCCCAAAUCUACCACCCAUGAACCGACUAGCUUGGCGGACUCUAUCCAGUCCAGCGCUGUCGAAUCGAAUGAUGCCACUGCGUCGAACAACCCAGCGACCACCAACAUUACAGCUGACGAGAUACCUAUCAGCAAGAAGUGCAAUCAUUCCAACACACAGCUCACAAGCUCCAAGCCAGGUACCGUGGACUCGGUGCAGGAUGACUCUUCAGACUCGUCUGCCGCUUUGAUCAGCAAAAGGAGAAGACCGAAUCCAUCUGAAACCUCUAUCUCGCACCAUUCACAUGAGCGCCCAAAAGACAUACCGUACCGAGAUCAAGCUGUGGCUAACGAUGGACACUCUUACCCUCAAAAUAUGGCACAAAACCUGACCACCAACAAGACUACACAAAAAGCUGCCGGUGCACAGCCAUCGGAACAUCCCCCUUGGGGUGUGCCUCCAUUUAUUCCAAUGCCAAUUCCUAGCAUCAUCGAUCAACCACCCAUGGCAACGGAUUUGAGACCGGUCCACAAAAGACCAGACUAUCGGCGACGGCAAGAUAUGAAUGCUGUGCCUCUUGCUCAGUCCGGUAAACCCGAAAAUAACAAAAACAUGAUCGGGCGCCAUCCAGUUGGACAACCUGCCCGCUCAACAGUAAUUUUACCGAAGGUAGGAGUUCGACCCAGACAUUUCACUGAUUCCCAACCCGGUCAAGGCCGCACAGCGGGUCCCUCGCUUGGCUCCCAUCCUAUAUACCGGUGGUCUUCAGAUCCUGUCAACGUGUACAUGCCAACAACUUGGCCAAGCGAGUGGUUUACUGACAUGCCGACACGAGAAGGCAUCCGCGCUGCCCUGCUUCAGACAGGCGGAGGAGUGUACGAUAGUGGACGACAAGAUCAGAUUGACGACAUGGUUGGUGCAAUUUCCCAGUUCCUUCAGGGCCACCAUUCCCAAAAGCCUCUGACUCAGGCCAGAAAGAUUUCAUUGUUGUGA